AUGAAGAUCAGAAUGCUAAACUGGCCAUUCUGUCUGUGCCUUGUGACGGCACCAUCAAGUCUAGCCGCAAAGAUAAGAGGCUCGAUAGCACAGAACGAACUAGUUCUGGCAGCUCUAGAAGAUAUGAAACAUUUAAUGAUUUCAUGGAAAGAAGCCUCAUCACUCCUAUCUGAGGAUCUUUCGGAUCAGGGAAGCAGCUCUAGUGAGCAGGUAGCAAAACGCUCAAAGAAAGUAAACAGAAUUAAAAAAUUGGAAAAAAGUCUCAGAAAUAUCCAUAAUGAGAGUUGCAGCGCCAGUAGACUCCGAUAUAUAUUCGGAACAUCCAGACUCAGAAGAUGA